UACAUGUAACAACACAUCAAGAUACAUGAAACGAUGGCUGUGUGGAAUGGGUGGAAGACAAUGAUAAAAGACGCCUAUACAGAGAAGAUAUUUAUGCUGUCCUGAAAGUAUGGCGGGGAUUGAGUUUGCCCAGGACAUCAUCAGGUGCGACAUCUGUCCUGCUUACGUGGAAAGAGGAGCAGCGGAAAUUUUCUGUAAAAGCUGCAAGAAACACCUGUGUCAGUCCUGUGUUUCCAUACACGUGUUAUCCUCAACUGUCGAUCACCUAGUUGUGCAAUAUCUUGCUCACAGAAGAGUUCGGACUUUGAUUUCUCCAACAGUAAUUCAAACAUUAGAGAGCGGGUUUGUGCCUUUGUCUAGAGUAGUGAAGGCACGUGAUGGUAGCUUAUGGACCUUGGGGGAUAUGAAUACAGUGAAGCAAUUGGACAUAAACGGAGUAGUUAUGGAAACAUAUAGUAGUGGAUCCAUUCAUUCGCCAUUUCAAAUCGCACUGAACAAAGGAGGGGAACUCAUAUUUACUGUUAUGGCGGCAAAAGUUUUAAAUGUAAUUGCAGAUCAAAAAAUUAAGACAUUACUCACAUUUACGGGGUGGACACCUCGCGGCCUCUGUGUCACUGCUAACAACGAUGUACUAGUUUCCAUGUUCAGGCAAGGUGAACCAGACAAGGUUGUUCGAUAUUCCGGAGUAACUGUUAUUCAAGAAUUCUCUCGAGAUUCUCAGGGAAACUUCCUCUUUCGGGAUGCCUCUUUUGUUUGCGAAAAUACAAAUACAGACAUUUGCGUUAGCGAUGUAGAAACACGCUGCGUUGUUGUCGUCAAAAGCACAGGGGUCCCUCGAUAUAAAUACAGCGGGCGUUCCCAUUCAAAGUUUGAGCCAGGUUGUGUUUCAUGUGAUAGCCAAAGUCACAUUCUGAUUGCAGACAAAAAUCAGCACUGUAUACAUAUAAUAGACAAAGACGGAAAAUUCUUAUCGCUCAUCGACAAGCAUUUUAUUAAGCUUCCCGUAGGAAUAAACGUGAGCGAAGAUGACACACUGUAUGUGGCUGAGCGGAAGUCAGGGAAAAUCAAAGUCAUUAAAUACCUGAGCAAUUAAUUAGGCAUUGUAAUCCUUUUAAAGGGUUGUGAAAACCGUUAUUUUUUUUUUUAAAUUCUUUGAUUGAAAUCUGGAUUUGACAGUGUUUACUUCACUAGAAACAAAAUAUUUGAUUAUAAACAAAAUAUCUGUACAGUUUUUAGCUCACCUGAGCCAAAGACUUGAGGUGAAAUAUCCCUCUGCUCUAUAAACUUCAUCAAUUUCUUUUUAAAUUCCCAAAAUUGAUUUUCAUCAACAACAAUAUCAUUAUAUUCAAAUGGAAAAUAGUUUGAAGUAUAAAGCAUUGCUUUCUUUUUCAGAAAUGAAUAUUAUAUCUAAUCACGAUAUGAGGAAAAUUUGAUAUGGUGGAUAGAAAGAUCAAUAAUUUAUCUCAACAUAAAAUUAAAAAUAUGAGAUAUAUAUAUGAAAAUAAUAUUUACUGUCAUACCUAUUUAAUUCAUAUUAGAAAACACAAUGAAGUGUUGCUUUUUAAAUCAGAAUAUCGCAUUGUUUUCUGUGGUUGUAAAAUAAAUGCAUCCAUCUACAAGAGCUAUCUUUCCAUCUAGAGUAGUUAUCUUUCUUCAGAAUAUGCUUUGAGAGAAAAAAAUAUUAAUAAAUUGAUUAUAAAAAUUCA